AUGGUGGAAUUUGUAAGCGUAAACCCCACCGGACCGGUUCAUGUCGGGCAUACCAGGGGAGCAGUGCUCGGCAGCGCGCUGGCCAAUUCCCUGGAUGCAGCCGGCUAUUCCGUAACGCGGGAAUACUACGUGAACGACGCCGGCACCCAGAUGGAGGCCUUCUACCGUUCCGUUUAUGCCCGUUACCGUGAGGCCCUGGGCCAGGAGGCCGACUUCCCCGCCAACGGUUACGCCGGCGAAUACAUUGGCGAUCUUGGACGGGAAAUUGCCGAGUCUGAGGGAAGCCGUUUCCUGGAAAUGGAUGAGGCGCAAGCCGUUAAGGAGAUCGGUGACAUCGGUCGCGAAAAGAUGGUCUCCCUGAUACGGGCUGACCUGGAAGAGAUAGGGGUUACCUUCGACAACUGGUUCAGCGAGCGGUCUUUAUAUGGCAACAAGGAAUACGAACAGGCCAUGGACUUGUUGCGUGACAAGAAUUAUCUAUCCGAGCGGGACAACGCCCUCUGGUUCAAUUCCACCAUGCUAGGAGAUGACAAGGACAAUGUGGUGGUCAGGUCUUCCGGGGAACCCACCUACUUUGCCUCCGACAUUGCCUACCAUUACAACAAGUUUGUUAAGCGGGAAUUCCACCAGGUCAUUGACAUCUGGGGCGCCGACCACCAGGGGCACGUUCCCCGCAUGAAGGCCGCCGUGGAAGCCCUGGGCAUCGAACCGGAUGGGCUUACUGUCCUGAUUUCGCAAAUGGUGACCUUGAAACGAGGCAAUGAAGUAGUCCGCGCCUCCAAGCGCACCGGCGACUUCGUAACCCUCCGCGAGUUGGCCGAAGAGGUGGGGUCCGAUGCUUGCCGCUACUUUUUCCUGGCCCGCUCACCAUCAACCCAGAUGGAAUUUGACCUGGAACUGGCAAAGAAGGAAUCUUCGGAGAACCCGGUCUAUUAUAUCCAGUACGCCCAUGCCCGGAAUUUCAGCAUUCUCAACCUGGCGCGCAGCCGCAAUAUUGACUGGAGCCAGGGAGACGUUUCCCUACUUACCGACCCCAAUGAAUUGACUCUUAUUCGAACCAUGAUCCGGCUGCCGGAGCUGGUGGAGCAAAUUGCCCGCAGCCUGGAACCCCACCAUCUGCCGCAUUACGCCAUGGAACUGGCGACCGCCUUUCACUGGUUCUACGAGAACUGCCGGGUCAUUUCGGCCAACGCCGAGGACAACGACAUAACCCUGGCCCGCCUCAAGCUGGUGGAAUCGGCGCAGAUUGUGUUCCGGAGAACCCUGGAAAUUAUGGGGAUGAACGCCCCGGAACGAAUGUAG